AUGGCAGAUUUUAACCAGCGGCGGACAAAACUGUACAAUUCGCGGCUUAUUCGUGCGGAAGUCGCCGAUCCGGCGUUCACAGCAGCACAGGACCCUGUCACCGGGGUAAGUGCGAAACUGGACGUAGAGAAGUUUGUCCAGUCUAGAGAAUUCGAGAUCAAGGAGUUUGAGCUAUCCAAGCUCAGAUCGCGCUACUCGUCCGCAACGAGAGUGUUCCAGAGCUUGCCGCGGUCCAUGCGCAGACGAACUGCGAGCCACAACGUGCGGAGAGUGCCCAAAAGGCUGAGGACCCGUGCGUUGCGCGAGAUGGGUCUCUCGAUGAAGGAGCCGGACGGGAACGAAACAAAAGGCGUGGACAGACAGGGCAGGCCGUCGAAGGCCAAACACUCACGCGGAAGGGAGCUGUACCGGCUGCGACGCCAGGAAAAGCUUCUGCGCUACGCAGCGCGUCUCAAACUCUCUGGACACCUUGUGGACGGAGAGCGUGUUAAUGUGCGCAACGUCAAGAUGAGAGCCAAGCUGAAAGCGCUGCGCGAAAGAAUACAGGAGCUCUCGCAGAACGCGGAGCCGCCUCUGAACAAUGUCUGUGGAUCUGUGGAUUGGACAGGAAUCAACGAAAGGGCCACAAUAAGCAAAGUGUCCACCAUCAGGUACAUAUCUCGCCAACGCGAGUUCAAGUGGCUUCCAACCCACGUAUGGCACGCAAAAAGGGCACAUAUGGUAAAACGGUGGGGCUGGAACAUCGCGUACGAGCCUACCAUGAAGUGUUUUCGCCAAACCAGCCGUCAAAGCAGGACCAAGGGCUGCAUUGGCUUCGACACUUCUUUUUACACUACAAUUGUUUUGAAAGGGGACGAAUCGAGCCAGGUUGUUGGAAGUUUGACCGACGGAAGAGCUCUAGGGAAAAAACACGUCCAAAACGGCAGGAUAUGGGAGGGAUUCAUCCUGCUUGACAGAGAACCUUUGUGCCAUUCCAUGGUCUGGUGGAUAAAAAAUGGAAAAGAGUGCGUGCUGAGAAUACACCCGUCAGUAUAUGAUCGUGUGAUGGACUACCUUCUUUCCAAAACAGACGGUAUUGAGGUUCAGGACUGCAGAUACUCUAUCGGGUCAAUCACAGUCACCGGACCGCAGGCCCUGUGUUCGUUGGCCUCUAUUAUUCAUCCUUCCAGCGAAACGGUAGCCAGCCAGCUAUUUGGUCAGUUGUCCACGCUGAACGGCUCGGCCGUUCCUCUGGGGUCCACGUUCAGCUUCUUCGCUGACGACCCUCGUCUGUGGCCAAGACCAAUCAAGCCCCACACCAAACCGUCAGACCCGCUGGAAACCAUCAUCCAGGUCCAGGGCGGAGCUGGUGUAGAGGUGUCUGCGGUUGAGGCGCUUUUCUCUGUGGAGGGCAGAGUUGCGUCUUAUGCUGGCCAGCCGUCGUUAAAACAGCUGGGACGGCGCAGAACGCCGGAUCUGGUUGGCCGGCCGAUCCCCAAGACCGACUCCGACCCGAGUGUCCCGAUUGUGCUUUUGAAGUCGCAGUGCGGGUUUGUUAUGCUGACGCCGUGGCACUGGGUGCUACCGUUCUGGCACCAGUUGGCACACACGCCGCAUUUUGCGAUUGGCGGGCUGAAACAGCUUGCACAGCUUGGGUUCGAAAAGGGAGAGCUUAGUUUUACCGACUGCGCGUUCACGAGGGCAGGUUUCGUUGAGGGCCUGGCCAAAAUGGAGGAGCUGGAAGCACGCUGGGCCAAACGGCCCAAAAGCAAAAGAGUCAACUACGACAAGCUGGACGAGCCCGGAUCGCCGUUUGGCUGUGACUGGCGCUAUUUGCAGCUCUUGCGGCAGAAUCUGAAACGAGUGCCGCCAGUCGAGAACUAUACGGGGACAGAGUUUACGAUCACACAGGAGAGAGUAAUAAACAACAAACAGGACGUUUUUGAGGCCAUUGAGGACCAGAAACAGAAAGACAGGCUGAUUGCUGCGCUGGGGAAGCCAGUUUUCAAACAGCUGCCCAUCAAGCUGGUGGACCUGACGCAGCAGCCUGACACCGCGUCGUCCCAGCUGUCUGUGGUAGCAGUCAAAUUUAGCAUGGUCAACAGGGGCCAUCCUGCGGACAAUGCGCGGAUAUACGCGAUUCCAGAAGAGAGCUAUUUGCGCUGGCUUGAGGAAGCUGGCAAAAAGACGAUAUUGGGCAAGACAACGCCUGCUGGUCUUGAGUGCCCGGGCAAAGAGUACCUGAUUGGCUACGCCACGAGCGCCACAUUUAAUCUGGCCGCUGGAAAGGGCACGGGAGUGGGACUUAUAGACGCAGAGGUCGCUUACGACCUUCACGCCAAAAACAGACAUACGUUUAUCGUUCGGAACGUGGCCAGCACUGCUUGCUACCUUGCAGAAUGGACUCUCGUGGCUGUGUAA